AUGGCGAGACAGAAAAACAGCGCCGGAAGAGAGGAUAAAUGUCGCCGAGAAGAUGAAGGGAAGAAUAACAGCGGCAACGGGUGGUUUCCAACGGAUCCAAAUAAUCCACAACCUGCACCAAGUCAACAAAAACAUACAGACACAGUAAAUUUGACAACAUUUUCAUUAGCAAGGGAAAAUGAUAUUGAUUUGUUUGUUAGUUGUGAUUUGAGUGAUACUGAUAAAAACCUAAUUCUGACAGAUGUGUGGGUUUCAUCAGAAACUUAUAUAUUUCCUAUAAUAGAGAAAAAUAAAGGUUGGAAUCUCAAAUUUCAACACCAUUGGUUGAAAAUGUUCAAGUGGUUAGCACAUUCAGAGAUAAGCCAAGGAGGUUUUUGUAAAGUAUGUUUAAUUUUUUCAAGAACUGGUGGAUUCAGAUGUCAAAAAUUAUAUACACUUGUGAUUAAACCAAUGGAUAACUUUAAAAAAGCAUUAGAAACUUUAAAUAAUCAUGCUAAACAUCAAUAUCAUAAACUAGCUCUAGAAAAAGCUGAUUAUUUUUUGAAUAUUGCAUCUUCAAAGGAACCUGAAAUUAUAAGCAAAAAAGUCAAAGAAAACCGAGAGAAUUUAAUUCCUAUUAUUGAUUGUAUUUUGGUAUGUGGUCGUCAAGAGAUUGCUUUAAGGGGUCAUAGGGACUUUGGUGCUUUGUCAUUUGAUGGUGAACCUGAGAUGAAUGAAGGAAAUUUUCGAGUUAUACUGAAAUAUAAAGCAAAAGAAAUAGAACAUUUAAAAAACUUUCUUUCAUCAAGCUAUCGAAGUAAAUAUAUUAGCCCAACUAUUCAAAAUGAAAUUAUAAGUUCUUGUGGUGAUAUUAUUUUAAAAAAAGUUGUGAAAGAAGUUAACGAGUCACAUUAUUUUAGUGUUCUUGCAGAUGAGACAACAGAUAUUUCUGUUGUAGAAAAACUUACUAUUUGUAAUAAUGCCAUCAAACGAUAA